AUGCUCUGUGGUGCCGUCGUAGCGUCUUUGCUCUCCAUCUGGACUUUCUUCGGACCUGGUCCACUCAGCUUUGGGCUAAGCGCAUCUGUACUUCUCCAGGACAUGAUUGCACCUGCCAUUCAAGGGGACCGUAAACUGGGCAUACCUCUCACUCACACCGGCGACUCGCACGCAAAGCAGUCCCAAAUCGAUCCCUCCACUGCAUAUACUGCGAACUUCACCUUCGGCGAAGAAACUCUUGGGAUUGCGUCGAACAUCUACGUCUUGUCACUUCCACAUCGGAUGGACCGUCGGAUGUCCAUGGAGCGCCUCAGACAGACCCUCGGCUUACAGUGGACCUACAUCAAUGCCAUAGACUCCGAGGCCGACACGACUCGCAAUAUCUAUGCACAUAUCCGCGAUCGGCGCGCGAGAGUGGAGGAAGGUGUUGUUACGGGACUCCUUGACGAUACCUUCGAGUGGCCCAACGCGACAUCGGUCGAUACGCUCGCACUCUCCGCAUCUCCUCUCGGCUUGUCGGACUCGGACUACUGGUCUCUUCGCCCUCCGUCCAACGGGGUAGACAACAGUGGCACUGCCUUGUUGACUGAAUCGGACCUGGACGAUAGCGCUGCAUCUGCUGGUUACCCUCAGCUACUCGUCGCCUCCUCUGAUGCUGAGGUUCAACACGACCCACUGCCAUCGCUGCCGCCCCUCACCUGUGCAAGCAAGGACUACGUCACUGGCCCGCCUUUCGAACUUGGUCUACCCGGCUACAUGCUGCUUACACCCGCGAAGGUAUCAUGCUGGUAUUCGCAUCUAGAGAUCAUACGGAAGGUCGCGGACGGCCACACCACGGAGAAGGCUGCCUUCAGGGAGCCUCGCGAGCACGCGGAGGAUGUAUCACUGAUACUGGAGGACGACGUUGACAUGGAGCAUGAUAUCCACGCGAGGCUACGCCAAGUCUGGCCCCUGUUGCCCGCACAAUGGGACAUCGUAUUCCUGGGACAUUGCUGGUCGAACGAGAGCUACUAUCCUGCCAUUCAAGAUGUCAACGCUGAUCAACUCGACUUCACCGUGUCUCGGACGACUCUCCACCCUUCCUUCGCGCCGAAAUGCACACACGCAUACGCUCUGACGCGCACCGGCGCACGUCGGUUGCUCUUGUACCUGCGACACACGCCCUUCGCGUACUCGAGAGCCCUCGACCAAGCAAUCUCGUGGCUCAUUCUUAGCGGCAAACUGAAGGCCUUCUCAGUCGUUCCGAGCGUUGCCGUGCAAAGGAAGAUAGGUCGGAGCGACAUCGAUACAAGUGGAGUUGGUAUGGGAAGCAUGUGGAGGGAUCGUCUGGAGAAUGGCGUCUUGGGUAAUUAG